CCCGCUUUCCCGUCCCGUCCGGUCCCGUCGCGGCCAUGGGGGAAGCGGCGGGAGGCAGCGCGGUCCCUCCGCUCCCCCCAUCGGAGGCGGUGGGGGGGCAGGUGAACGCCCUGACCGUCCUGGCCUUACUGGAGAAACUUUUCUCCAUGUUGGAAGCGGUGGAAGGUCACCAGCGACAGAUGGAACAGAGGCAGAAGGGGUUGGAAGGGGCGGUGCGGGGUAUUCAAGGCGACCUGGGAAAAUUGUGUCGGAACCACGAAGCGACGGGGGAAACGGUGGAGAAGCUGCUGGAGAAGUCCCGGAAAGUGUGUGCCUACACCCGAGCCGUCAGGGAGAGGCUGGAGAGGCAAGGAGACCAGGUCAGGAGGCUGGAACAGCAUCACGCCCAGCUGCUCCGGAGGGAUCGCUUCAAGGUGCUCAUCUUCCAGGAGGAAAAUGAGAUCCCUGCCAGCAUUUUUGCAAAAGAGCCUAUUCCCAGCAUUACAGAAGGAAAAGAGGAGCCUGUGGAUGAGAACAAAGCACUGGAAGAAACCUUACAUACAGUGGAGUUGGGUUCAGAUGAUGAAAUGUUUAACGAAGGAGAUGACGUGGAUGACAGCGCAGAGGAGAAAACGGAAGAAACAAGAGCUGAGAAAAUUAAAAGAUCCAGCCUCAAGAAGGUAGACAGCCUGAAGAAAGCAUUUUCCCGCCAAAACAUUGAGAAGAAGAUGAACAAGAUUGUCUCACCAGAACGGAGAGAAAAGAUAAAGAAAUCCCUUACUGUACAUCAUCAGAAAUCCUCCUCUUCAAAGAGCUCGGCUUUCAAAAUCUCUCCCCUCUCCUUCAACGUGAAGAAAGCCCGUGAAGGAGAAAGUCCUGCUGAAGCUGAGGACAGAACAACAGAAACUGCAAGUAACGACCAAGCUGAGAACGAGGAUGAAAUGUCAUUUGCUGACAUGCACUCAGACAUGACACCCACCACCUCCCUGACCGAGGAGGGCAAAGCAGUAGCCGAUUCUCUAGAGAAAGAAGCCAGAAUGGAAGGGAAAGCAGCAGCUCAUUCUCUAGAGAAGGAAGCCAGAAUGGAAGGGAACACCACGAUGAACAACAACAUUGAGCUGUCCAUCGUUGAAGAUGAUGAAGAGUAUCGGGUGCCUCUGGAAGCUUCUAGCCAGAAACUGUAUGAUGAAAGAAACAACCCAUUCAGCGAGGAAAUGGAACAAUCGGACGAAGAAACAACCCAAGCAGCCGUCCUGCAGAUAGACCAAACAGCUUAAUCGACCUAAGCCUUCCUUUGCCUUCCAGAUACACACGGUUUUACGUAGGCAGGUGACUGGUUUCUGCCAGCAAGGCAGCAAGUAGCAAUUCGUUUCUUCCAUCCUUUUCUCUGCAGUGGUAAUUUAUUGCAUCGUCUUGGAACGCAGCGUGAAGGAGGUCGGUGGCACCGUGCUCCCUUUUAGGCCGACUCAUGGUGUUUAUUAAUUUAGAGAUGCUGUCAGCUGGCACGAGGGACUAGCAAGAAAAGAGUAUGUCUAGGAGAAGCAAGCUAGACAGCUGGCUUUCUUACAGAUUGCAAAAAAAAGAGUACGUCUAGAAGAAGCAAGCUAGACUUUCUUACAGAUAGCUCAGAGGAAUGUGUGGAGAGGAGUCAAAAGCCAAACUUUCCUGUUCUGUUUUCUUCUCUGUCAGUAUUUCCCAGCACUGUUAAGUAGUUUUGGAUGUACCUGUAGAAAUACCAAUGAAAAACAUUUGAUUUGGGUUUCCUUGCCCUGUUCUGUGAAUAGUAGCAGCCUCAGUAACUGCAUACACAUAGUUUCUUGGGGGGCUUUGCUCCACGAUGCUGUAAGACUAGAAGAGCAGAAUACUUGGAGGGCAAAGUUGAAAAGCUGGUUCCAUCCAUUUCUGUGGAUGGAAUUUUUUGCCAGCAGUCUCUUGCUGUUCACUUAGAAGAAAUGACUGUGUUUAGGUGGAAAUGAAAUUUAUUUUUUUUCAGCCUACCAGAGUUACAGAAGUACACUAGUGACAGGCAUGAAUGUGUGACCAGCUGCUGUACCUUUAAGGGGUCUGAAAUUGAAAAGAAAAAAAUAGGAGUCAUUUGAAGCAUGGAGAUAGUCUGAAGAAAGUAUGAAAUGCUAUUGAAAAACAACAAAAAAGGCAAAAAUAAACCCCUGUCACAUUAGAUUUAUACUCCCAGCUUAAAGAAUAUAUACUCAGAUAACACUAAUUAACUCUUAGUCUUUAUAGCAAUAUACUAUCAAACUUUGCACCUGCACAACUUUGUAUCUCAGAGUACUUUGAAAAUAGCAUAAUUUAUCUUUUUACAAAUUAUUUCAUAUAUAGAGCUAUAUCUACACAGAAGAGUUACAAAAUUACAGGGAUGUAAGGACAAUUUUUUUUCAAAAAGGUGAAAUUAUCUUUUAGGCAUGUCUAAAGGGAACAAUGUGUUAUGGAUUGAACUUCAUGGUAGGGAAGACUUUCUGUAAGGAUGAGUCUGCAAAGCCACAGGACUUGAUUCUCUACUAAUGACUUUCAUCAAAGCCACCUACCUGCUUCUCAAAAUUACAAGUCUGUAAUUUUUCAAAAUUCAUUGAAAAUGAGAGGUUAUGGGGCAGUUUGUUCACUAUGAAUGUUCAUUCCUGUCACUCAACAACAGUAAGGGGGAAGGGAGGAAAGGGAAGCACAAUACCCACUACAGUUACCUUACAUCCUUGUCUGUUUAUGCAGUGGGAUUAUUUUUAUUUUAUAGAGAGAGAGAUAUAAAAUUCUACUGAUACUUAACAUUGCACUAAAAGGUUGCUUCCUUCAACUUGUAUUUAGAAUCACAAAUUACAGGGGAAAUGAAGACUAUAGAAAAAAAAUACUGUUAUUGAAAUUAUAUUAACAGAUAUUACUCCACAGGGGUAGUAUCUGUAACCAGUAAAUCACACUGGAAGUUAGUCAAUAAGAGCUUAGUGUAGCCAAGUAUUAUUAAGAGUUAAGCUCUUAAGUGUAUGGUAUCAUAUAGGAGAUACUCUUUGUAAGAAAACUCAUGGCAUAGCUUGUGCAGCUAUAUUUUUAUUUUGUAUUAACUACAAUGGAUUUCAAUCAUUUUUACUUGUAACUAACUGCAGAUAUGUCAAAUAAAAGCAUAACAUAAAACACA